CCGCUCGGUUCUGGGGCGGGGUGAGGGCGUAGGAGGGGCGGAGUUUCCAGGCUUGCGCUCACACGCCCCGUCUGGUCGCGUCGAGUGUGCGUGCGUGCGUGCGUGUUUGCGUGUGGUCACAGUUCCCGCCAUCAGCUGCUCUCCCUGACUAGGGGGAGCGAGCGGCCCCUCUCCUUCGUGCUCGGUAUCCCUUCCUUCCUUACCCUCGGCUCCUCCCCCUCCGCGCGGACACCGUGCUUCCGGCAGGCCUGUCCGGGGCUCUGGGCUCUCAGGCACAGCUGAGUUGAUGGCUUCCGGAGAACUGGCAUAGCUGCAGAAUAUGAGUAGUUCCCCAAGAAGAGUGCAUUGCCUUUGGCACAAGGAUCAGAAUAAAGGUGAAUUGUUAUUACAUAGGGUUUUUCAGUAAAAGUCACUGAAAAAAUCUGUCAGGUGAAGGUGUAUUUUUGCUUUUUAAUUUGGCUAGAAGCAAUUUAUUUUUAAAGAAAGUAUGUCUCCUCUGAAGAUACAUGGUCCUAUAAGAAUUCGAAGUAUGCAGACUGGAAUUACAAAAUGGAAAGAAGGAUCCUUUGAAAUUGUGGAAAAAGAGAAUAAAGUCAGCCUAGUAGUUCACUACAAUACUGGAGGAAUUCCAAGGAUAUUUCAGCUAAGUCAUAACAUUAAAAAUGUGGUACUUCGACCCAGUGGAGCAAAACAAAGCCGCCUAAUGUUAACUCUACAAGAUAACAGCUUCUUGUCUAUUGAUAAAGUACCAAGUAAGGAUGCAGAGGAAAUGAGGUUGUUUCUAGAUGCAGUCCAUCAAAACAGACUUAAUGCAGCCAUGAAACCUCAGGGUUCUGGUAGUUUUGGAGCUAUUCUAGGCAGCAGGACCUCACAGAAGGAAACCAAUAGGCAGCUUUCUUACUCAGACAAUCAGGUUUCUUCAAAAAGAGGAAGUUUGGAAACUAAAGAUGAUAUUCCAUUUCGAAAAGUUCUCAGUAAUCCAGGUAGAGGAUCGAUUAAGACUGCAGCAGGAAGUGGAAUAACUGCCACCCGGACGAUUCCCUCUUUGACAUCUACAGCAACACCUCUUAGAUCAGGGUUAUUAGAAAAUAGGACUGAAAAGAGGAAAAGAAUGCUAUCAUCUGGCUCAGAGUUGAAUGAAGAUUACCCUAAGGAGAAUGAUUCAUCAUCGAACAAUAAAGCUAUGACAGAUCCCUCAAGAAAAUAUUUAACCAGCAGUAGAGAGAAGCAGCUGAGUUUGAAACAGUCAGAAGAGAAUAGGACAUCAGGGCUUUUACCUUUGCAGUCAUCAUCUUUUUAUGGUAGCAGAGCUGCGUCCAAGGACUACUCUCCUGGCAACACUAACCUAGACAGGACUAUUAUUUCAAGCCAAACUCCCUCUGCCAAAAGAAGUUUGGGAUUUCUUCCUCAGCCAGCUCCUCUUUCUGUUAAAAAACUGAGGUGUAACCAGGAUUACACUGGCUGGAACAAACCAAGAGUGCCCCUUUCCUCUCACCAACAGCAACAACUACAGGGCUUCUCCAACUUGGGAAAUACCUGUUAUAUGAAUGCUAUUUUACAGUCUCUAUUUUCACUCCAAUCAUUUGCAAAUGACUUGCUCAAGCAAGGUAUCCCAUGGAAGAAAAUUCCACUCAAUGCACUUAUCAGACGCUUUGCACACUUGCUUGUUAAAAAGGAUAUCUGUAAUUCAGAGACUAAAAAAGAUUUACUCAAGAAGGUUAAAAAUGCCAUUUCAGCUACAGCAGAGAGAUUCUCUGGUUAUAUGCAGAACGAUGCUCAUGAAUUUUUAAGUCAGUGCUUAGACCAGCUGAAAGAGGAUAUGGAAAAAUUGAAUAAAACUUGGAAGACUGAACCUGUUCCUGGAGAAGAAAAUUUGCCAGAUAUUUCAGCUACUAGAGUAUACACUUGCCCUGUUAUUACUAAUUUGGAGUUUGAAGUUCAGCACUCCAUCAUCUGUAAAGCAUGUGGAGAGACUAUUCCCAAAAGAGAACAGUUUAAUGACCUCUCCAUUGACCUGCCUCGAAGGAAAAAGCCACUCCCUCCUCGUUCAAUUCAGGAUUCCCUUGAUCUUUUCUUUAGGGCGGAAGAACUUGAGUAUUCCUGUGAGAAGUGUGGCGGGAAGUGUGCUCUUGUUAGGCACAAAUUUAACAGGCUACCAAGGAUCCUCAUUCUUCAUUUGAAACGAUACAGCUUCAAUGUUGCUCUCUCACUUAACAACAAGAUUGGGCAGCAAGUCAUCAUUCCAAGAUACCUGACCCUGUCAUCUCAUUGCACUGAAAAUACAAAACCACCCUUCAACCUUGGCUGGAGUGCACAGAUGGCAAUUUCUAGACCAUUGAAAGCCUCUCAGAUGGUGAAUUCCUGCAUCACCAGCCCUUCUACACCUUCAAAGAAUUUCACCUUCAAGUCCAAGAGCUCUGUGGCUUUAUGCCUUGAUUCAGACAGUGAGGAUGAGCUAAAACGCUCUGUGGCCCUUAGCCAGAGACUUUGUGAAAUAUCAGGCAGUGAACAGCAGCAGGAAGACCUGGAAAAAGAUUCAAAAUUAUGCAGAAUAGAACCUGAUAAGUCUGAAUUGGAAAACUCAGGAUUUGAUGGAAUGAGUGAAGAAGAGCUUCUAGCAGCUGUUUUAGAGAUAAGUAAAAGAGAAGCAUCACCAUCUCUGAGUCAUGAAGAUGAUGAUAAACCAACUAGCAGCCCUGAUACUGGAUUUGCAGAUGAUGAUAUUCAAGAAAUACCUGAAAAUCCAGAUCCUAUGGAAACUGAGAAGCCAAAAACAGUCACAGAGCCUGAUCCUGCCAGUUUUACGGAGAUAACUAAAGAUUGUGAUGAGAAUAAAGAAAAUAAAACUCCGGAAGUUUCUCAAGGAGAGGUUGAUUGGCUCCAGCAGUAUGAUAUGGAGCGUGAAAGGGAGGAACAAGAGCUUCAGCAGGCAUUGGCUCAGAGCCUUCAGGAGCAAGAGGCUUGGGAACAGAAAGAAGAUGAUGACCUCAAAAGAGCUACAGAGUUAAGUCUUCAAGAGUUUAACAACUCUUUUCUGGAUUCAUUGGGCUCUGAUGAGGACUCUGGAAAUGAGGAUGUUUUAGAUAUGGAGUAUACAGAAGCUGAAGCUGAGGAACUUAAAAGAAAUGCUGAGAUAGGAAAUCUUCCUCAUUCCUAUCGGCUCAUCAGUGUUGUCAGUCACAUUGGUAGUACUUCUUCUUCAGGUCAUUACAUUAGUGAUGUGUACGACAUUAAGAAGCAGGCUUGGUUUACUUAUAAUGACCUAGAGGUAUCUAAAAUCCAAGAGGCUUCCGUGCAAAGUGAUCGGGAUCGGAGUGGUUACAUCUUCUUUUAUAUGCACAAGGAGAUCUUUGAUGAGCUGCUGGAAACGGAAAAGAACUCUCAGGCACUUAGCAUGGAAGUGGGGAAGACCACUCGUCAGGCUUCAUGAGGAACAGACUCCUGGGUUGGCAGUGUGCACUGCGAUUCUCUCUUACUGCCACCCACCUCUCUUUCCUCUGCCCGAGGAGAAUUUGGAACUCUACUUGAUGCGGGAGCAACAAACAGCUCAGGGCCAAACCAAAAGAUGAAAAUUGCAAUUAUGCGGAACGCUCCAUAUUAACUGUUUUAUGGAAACCUUGGUCUCACAUCUGUAGCUGAUUAUCUUUUUUUUCUCCUUUGAGAGUGGCACUUCCUUUUGUCUUAGGAAUACAUGUUGUAAAUAUAUAUAUAUAUGUACAUACACACACACACACACACACACAUACAUGGAAUGAAUGGAGCCUUAAAGAGUUAGGAUAGGCCACCAGAGUAUGCCUACUCAAAAUUAACAGCACAGCAACUUGAAGAAGAAAUGAAGUUGUCAAAGAGUCCAUUCACCUGAGAAAUGUGUGAAAAUACACAUAUCAUUUGGCAUUUAGCUUUUAUGUUCCUUGAGUAGUUUCACUCAAGUCUGUAAUCUUUCAUGUGUGUUUCUUAUCAGUAAAGUUCACUGGAAAGCCAGCUCUCCAUGUUACACUAAUGACAGUUUGUCCUCCUCGCAAAGGAGGGGGCAUUCUGCCACUUGACUUGAGGAGCUUUUUUUAAAAAUAUUGUUUCAUGGAUUUGUGAUGCUUUUGCUGUUUACAUGCAGUCCCAAGAAAUGGAUUGUUGGUGCUUUGGAAUGUGUUAUGGUCCCACAUUUGGUAUUCAUUGUACACUUUGUAUUUUCUUUAAAGAAAUUCCUUGACACAGUAUGUUCACUGUAUAUCUACAUUAUUAUGGUGGUGAAGAUAGAAUCUUUUAUUUUUCUUCUGUGUCAUUCUUCCAUGGAGCAAGCAUUACCCUAACAGAUUGCAGCCAAAACUUUAAGAGGUAGGAAAGUGAUACUGUCCCAACUGGGAGUCCCCAACAAGGAUACUUAGGGAGCAUAAAGAAUGUUACCAUCUCUUUCUCCCAGACGCAGGUCAGGAGGAGUAUUCUUGUGUUAAAGCUAAAGCUCUGGACCACUAAACAGAAAGCCUUGCUACAAGGGUGAAAUUAAGUACAUGAGCUGUAGGAUAAAGCUUGGACAUUUAACCAUUUGCUGUCUGGCUUUUCCCUUAAAACAGAGUGAGAAUUAAAAUGUGAUUGGUUUAGGUAAUCCCAAGAACUAACAAAGGUGCAUAAUUUAUUUAUCUUACUUUUUAGGUGCUUUGAGUUGAGGUUAAAUGGGGGUGCAACAUUAAGUGCUACAUUAGACAGUCAGCUGACAUAACCAGCCUGGUUAGACAGCUUGUGAAACCAUAUAAAGAAUGAGUUUGAGAGUAGAAUUCUGUUUGUAAAAUAAUUUUGUGAGCCCAGAAAUCAUUAGGAUCACACAGUGUUAAGUAUAGCAAAAUGAAACCUUUCCUUUUUUUUUUAAAUCUAUCAUCACAGAAGAUUCAACAUCUUUUCUGGAAGAUUGCCUUAAGAGAGCUCCAGCCCUACUCCUAAAGCUUGGUUAUGUUCUGACAUAGUAACCUAUUCUAAAAUAUUGAGUCUUGGAAUAGUAAAUGGCCAGCACUUUUGCAUAACUACUGAUAAAAGCUUUGCCUUCUACCAUUUACCUAUGUGUUACUGUAGUGAACGUUCCAAAAUGGUACUGGUAGGAUUUGCAGGAGUAAUAUAGAGCAGAGGAAGAUGCUUGUUUAAAAAACCAGCUUUUAAAAUUUUGUUUCUUUACAUUGGGAGCCUUUUUUUGUUGUUGAAAAUAACUGGUUUUCUCGUGCGUGAAGUGCUAAUUGAAUUCUUUAACUAUUUAUUACUUUCCUGUAUCUGUAUUUGAGAGCUUUGAGAGGCACUGUUAAAAAUUUGGGGGGAUGAUUUGAAGAGAGAGUGAAUUCAUUUGGGGCAUUUAAAAAAAAAAUAAUGCCAUAAGCCUAGGUUGCCCAUGAAAUACCCUUGUUUGACUUGCUUUUUGUAGCUUGCAUGUGUGUAUGGUUUAGAAGUGCACUUGAUUCGAACCUAAUUUGAUUUGAUCUUCAUGUCUUGGGCAGGACUUACUAGUUGAAAAGAGUAGGUGAGUUACCUCACUGCUUGUAUACUUGCAGGUUUGGAACUUGAAUUUUCCUUGAUAUCUGUCCAUUGUUUUGGCCUGGUCAGCCUUCAUUUCUCCCUUCACUCUUUUAGCUAUUACCCUUUUCACUACAAAGAUACUUUCACAUUUUGGUUCAGUGAAAAGUUAAGACUGCAGAUAGAGAGUUCCACUGGACUAUAUUGAUGGGGUUGUUUUUUUGAGCUGACUGUAUUUUAAAGUAUCAGUAGAUACUUUUUGUGCAGUAUGAUCAGUUUGCUCAGAAUCAGGGGAUGGGGUAUUUUGCAUGUUGGGGCCAGGAAGGGACACAUUAAAUAAUGGCAGAGUGCUUCAGUUCCAGGCAGCCUGCUCAUAACUAAUAUUCCUAUUGAAAAUACCAAAUGUGCUUGCAUUAUUUUAAAUGACUUUGAGUUGGAACUUGACAGUAAUUCUGCACACAACUGAUCUUAAGUGGAAUUUUUUUGGAAGAGAAAACUACAAACUAAAAUUCAAACUUCUUGAUUCUUAUCACCUAAUAUUAUUACAGAGGAUUGGAAAGUUGCAUAUGGCCAGAUGCUGUUACCACUUUAGAAGCCCUGACUAUAAUUUAGGCCUAUGAGAAGAUAGACUGUUUUGUAGGGAAUAUACUUACGUGUGUGUGUGCACACUCAGAAGUUUUGUCUCAGCAGGAUAGAAUAAGAAGCAAAUCCAUGAAUUGUUGUUCUAUUUAUAUUUUGAUUCCAAAAGCUAUUUGUUUACUUGCCAUGGUCUGUUAAUCUCAGGCCUAACUUAAUGGCUCAAUAACAAAUGUAAAUGUGUUUACAUUUUAUGAAGUAUGCAGCGAUACUUAAAGAUCAGUUCAUUAACUCUGGGAGGCAAAUAUUAGACUAGACAUUUCAUUAUUUCUCUCCUUGAUUAAGUGUAAAAUUUUUCUAAAAGAGCUUUAAGAAUUAAAACCCUCGCAAGUGAAUUCAUGAAUUUACUUACUCUUCCAUACUGCAGUUACCAUUAUGUAACUAUAUAAAUAUAGCUCUACACAUGUACAGCUACAUAUAUAGUUGUAUAAUGAAAAUUAUUUGGAAACAGAUUCUUGGCAGUGUGUUAUAUAGUUGGCCAUUAUGAGUGUAGAGAGAGCAUGGGGGUGGGGUUGGAAACAUGGAAGAAAGGUAGUUUGUAAACUCAUUUGUGGUCUAUUGAAAAGAGAUUAUAUUAAAACAAAUUAAAAUAUUACCCUUCUCACUCUUUCUUCUCUGUCUUCUGAAUUGACUGUGGUGGAUACUCAAGUCAUUCAAACUUUUUUGCCCUGUUUGAUUUAAUUGACCCCCUAAAGUGGUCUUUUGUUUUAAAUCAGGGAAACAGAGCUAGAUCUCCCAAGUACAUGUGGAUCUUGUGUCUAUACAGAGGAUUUUAGAAAAACCAACAACCCAGUACUAGAUGGAAGUCUCUUAAAAUUGUCCCCCCGAAAACAAAUGUCUAUUUCCUCCUCCCCAUCUUGCUUUACACCUAGUAAUGCUCUUUAAGUGUGUAUGAAAACUAAACAGAUUUCUGCCCUCUACCAUCUUUCUAAUGCAUUACUUCAGAAUUCAGACUUUGUCUCUAUCGAUGUUAACAUCUGAAAGAAUAUAUAUUUAUUUUAUUGGAAAACUCUAGUUUGCUAGGCCCUGAGAGUUUCAUGACAGGUUUCUUUUGCUGUGUCUCAUCACAACCACUGACUCCUUGAUGGCAUGCUUUGAUUACUAGAUUUCAAGCAGUCUCUUUUGUUGUAUCAUAUUUAUGCACAAUUAGUAAAUUUUCCUUUCCACGUGUGCUAUGUGUCUGAGGUUUUGAACUUUAUAAUAAACGGUGUGCCAGUAUGAAUACGGGCAGUUGGUUUUAGUAAUUUGGACUUGAAGUGCAGAGGUUUGAAGUACAGGCAUGUCCACUGGCAUCAGAUGGAUCAGGGUCUGAAUCGGGACUCAAGUUCGCUAGGUCCAAUGCCAAAAUUAGACAAGCAAUCAACUGAACUGGGCUGUUUCAAGAACAGAGGGGUGAAAGAAUGAGACACAGUGGUUGUACACACCUCUCAUCCUAAGGUUUCCCUCCCUCUCUUUUCCUUCUAUCCCCAACAUCUCUGGCCUCUUGUCAGUGUUGUUUAUUUAUGCUACAGAGAGGAGAACAGAAGUAAGCUUCCUACACUUUGCCUAAUUGAGCCACUACCAGGUUUGCUGGCAGCUUUGGCCACAUUUGUGCGAUGAUUUUCUUUCCUUGUGUUCAGAGUGACUUUUGAUUCUGAUUCUUCAUGUUGUUUUGUAUGGAGCGGCACUUUAUCUGUGUUUUAGCAGAACUGUUCCUCUGUACCCUUUACGGUUUUUCCUUGUUUUUGUUUCCUUUUUAAAUUAUGCAUAGAGUUUUUUGUGUGUGAAAUUAAAGCCUUUAUUAACCUGG